GUUUGGUUCCUUCGGUAGUUGAACACUCGACGCUCUCUGAUGGAAACACGGUUAAACACCAAAAUAUUAGCAAGUGUGAGAAACGCCCCGGGACUGAGAAAUGGAAACAAAGAGAAAGAUCAUGUAGGAACGUGACGUCUCCAGAGACUCAGGAGAAACUGGCACAAUGUCGGACGGCAACGAUGUGUGGGAGUCUCCCGGCUGUGGGACGAGGGACGAGGACAGAAAAGACUCGAGUGGAUUCUCUGAACACGAACUCCUCGACAUCAUGUAUAAUACAUGUAACACCUCCAGCUCAGGAGAGGUGUUGGCCUCCACCAUCGUGCAGUACCUGCAGACCAUGACGGCUCAGAGUCCGGAGCAGGACAGACUGGCCGCCCUGAGACGGCUGCUCGACCCGGACUGUCAGGACCCGCAUGUGAGCAGAGAGACUUUCCACGCCACCAUGAGAGAGUGGAUCGCCCAGUGCAGCCAGGACAGCUCUGAUGUGGAGGGCAGCCAUGUGUCUUGGCCAGACUCUGCUAAAGUGCCUGUAAAUGGGCUGGAUUUCUCAUGUUCUCAGAGCAAAGCGGCGUCCUCGGAAAACCACCAGUGUUCCUGCGAUGGAAAAGACCUGUUAGGCACCGUGGCCGAACUGAAGCACGCUCACCGCAAGCUGAGCGAGCAGAACAGCGGCCUGCUGAGGACGGUGGCUCAGUGUGAGGACGUGAACCUGCAGCUCACUCUGGAGAUCACUGACCUGAGAGCAAAGCUGGCCAGUGCUCAGCGGUCAGCAGUGAGAGUCAGAUCCCUGACAGAAGAACUGGAGGAGACCCGCCGGGCCUUUAAAGAGGCCCAGGAGAGAGCCGCUCGCUCCCAGACCAGCUGCACCAAACUGAGCAAUGAGGUCGAAUGCCUGAAGGUUCACAUCAGGAGGCUUGAAGAUAAGGUGACGUAG